AUGGAGAUGAAGCACACAAAUAAAAUCCAAACACAUGUUAAUUCUGAAGGAUCCUCGAUGGAAGAUAUCAUGGGCAACAAGAGGAAGACGAUUGUCCAUGCAUCAGGCGAGGGCGGUGGCCCAAGAACGCUCAAUAGGCUUCGUUUGAACAAAGUCACAAUAGCUUUUUUCACCAUGGGACUGCUCAUUGGCCUGCCUACAAUGGUAAUCACGACAGCGGCCAACCAAAUGUUCGCCGGCGUGACCGGAGUCUAUGGCAUCUGCCUCGAUCUCUCUGCCGCCCUAGCCUCCUUUACUACGCCUAUGUACGCUCGUUACAUACCUUAUAACGUGUGCAUGAUCAUCUGCACCUUGGCAUCGCUGCUCUCCUACCUCUUAUGUACUUUGCCGCAGCCUAUCUCGGACUCAUCCCAUUUCAACAAGGCAGGCCCAGUCGUUGGGACUGUUCUGGCAGGCUUCGUUUAUGCCUUCGGGUCAAACACGUACAUGGCCGUGGCCGCCUUCUUCGAGCCCGAGGCCGUGCUUGCUCUCAGCGUAGGGAGCAGCUUCUCUAUCAUCCUGGGGCCGGGCGUGUUCAUCGGCCUUGCGAGCGCUUUCGACCAGAAUUGGCGCAAGGCAUUGCUCCUGUUUCUGUUUACGGGGGGACUUAUCCCGUUCGUGUGGUGGGGCCUCUUCGACAAAUGCGGUCGGUCCGAGGCUGAACGCUCGAGAUUGGGUACGGUGGGAAAAGUAGAGUCGGCCAGCAGCAGUCCAAUGACUGGGGUAGGUGAGGCCACACUCGCUAGUCGCGUGUCCGAUGUCGAGGCUGUUGCAGAACGUGCUGUUCCAGCGGCGAAUAUCGUCCAGGACGGCCUAGAUACCGCCUCGGAGCCUCAGAGACCCGGGUUUGGUCCAAAGAGGACACGAGUGGGACUGCUAUUCAAAGAGCUAACGCCGAAAUACGUAUUUCCCCUUUUCACUCUCGAGAGGUUCCGGGCGAGACCGAACACAGACCUGCAAUUCGAAAUCGUUUUCUUCUCGUACGGAAGUGCUCAAUUCAUAUUUAGCACACUUUCUGCAGCCCGUCCUAUGCCUAUGAUAUGGGCUUGGGCUCUGACACAGCUGGCUUUGGCUGUUGUCGGCAUUGUGCAGCUAUGGCAUCCUUUUCUGACCUAUUACGGAGUUUGGGUAGUGUGGAUGUUCUUGGUGGGAGCCUGUGUUGGUGGAGGUGUGACCAAUACGAAUUAUAAAAUCGCAGAGGAUUUUCGUCGGGCUGGAGAGCCGGAUGAAGUACGUAGUUUUGCCAUGAGCUAUGCAGGACUGGGCAAUUUUGGUGGUGAUGCCUUUGGUGGAGCAUUGGGUCUAGUCAUGCAAGUUCUUGCCUCGAGAUCAAUGAAGAAGUGGACGGUGUAG